ACCCGGAGCUGCUUGGAUUGCGUUGGAAACACUGCGGCUGCAGCUAGCCUGGCUUUUUCUCAUUUAUAGGACCGAAGCAACACAUAUCGCGGGCAGGUAUUGAGCUGUGCAAGACUCUGCCAAGACUGUAAAAAGGAGACAAAUUUAUUGCACAAUGACCAGCUCAUCUGCACCCAGAAUGCAUACAUACAAAAGGACAUCUAGCCCACGGUCUCCAACGAAUACUGGGGAACUCUACACACCUGCACAUGAGGAAAAUGUGCGGUUUAUCCAUGAAACAUGGCUGUCUGUGCUAAGAGAUAUUAAAUCACAACAAAACAGUGAACGAGGAACACAGGAAUAUGUGGAAAAAAACCCAAACCCCAAUUUGCAUUCCUUUACACCAGUUGACCUGAGCGACCUCAGAAAACCAAGUACACAAGAAAUCAAGAAGUCUUAGUGAAUUUCUUCCCUCCUCCUGGUCCAAAAGCUUUUUUUUUUGUUCUGUUUGGGACUUUUUUAUGCCAGCAACCUUCUGUCAGCCAAUAAUAAGCCAGUUUGUUUGGUCACCUUUAGAAGCCUCAGCAUUCUUCCUCUUUGAACUUUAUUCUGGACGACGGGCUGAUGUACAUUUAAGAUAUGAAGAUAUGCCAUAUCCCUGAUUUCCUACCCUUCCUAUUAUUCAUUGGAAUAUAUGUUCUGAGUUUUUUCUAUAAGCAUUGUUUAAUUUAAAUAUAAUUGAUUACCUGGCAGAAGAAGGUGGCAUAGAGGAGUUAACACGAGGCCACCCAGCUACAGGCUCGACAGGCUGCGGUCUUAAAACGUACACUCAGUUUUUUUAAAACUUGCCCUUUUGAAAAUAGGUGCUGAGGUUUUUUUUUUUUGUUGUUGUUGUUUUUGUAAGUUAGUUUGCUAGAUAUUGGUAAUCAAAUUGAUAGUAACAGUGGGUUUGCAAAGCCAAGUGUUUUUAAAAGAGAUUUUUUUUAAGAAAAUUAAUACCUUUAAAGAGUAUGUCUUUCAAGCCUUGAAAUUUAAAUUGAAAUAAAAGUGACUUUUACGAUAUCUCAA